AUGCCAUCUCCAUUGACAGACAGAAAGUUCGAAAUCUCUUGCUCUAACUUUCUGAUCACCAUUGCAUUGAUUAAAAAUGUAAUUGAAACGAUCGGUUUGGGCGAUUUACUGCGAUUGGGAUUUCGUCGUGUCCUCUAUCAGGUUUUAUGCUUAGUGAUGGUAGUAUCGACAGCAUUAAUGAUCUGGAAAUCCUUGAUUGUCGCAACGUGCACUGAAAGCCCAAUUGUCGUCGUUUUGAGUGGUGCGAUGGAACCUUCAUUUAAUCGUGGUGAUCUAUUAAUGCUCAAUAAUUACCAAAGUGAGCCAAUCCGUGUUGGUGAAAUUGUGGUAUUCAAGAUUAGAGGUAGAGAAAUACCGAUUAUUCAUCGUGUACUGAGAAUCCACGAAGACAAAAAUGGAACUGUGAAAUUCUUAACCAAAGGCGAUAAUAAUAUAGUUGACGACCGUGGUUUAUAUGCUGAUGGACAAUUUUGGUUAGAAAAGAAGGACGUCAUUGGUCGCGCUAAGGGGUUCGUUCCAUAUGUUGGCAUGGUGACUAUAGCGAUGAACGACUAUCCCAAACUGAAGUAUUUGAUGUUAGCAUUAUUAGGAUUUUUCGUGUUGGAGAAUAGAGAAAAUUAAUUCUAAUUAUUAUUCAAUUUAUCGAACAUAUCUUGCAUAUAUACAUGUAUUUAACCGUUUACUUAAGCAACUGAUAAAGU